GAAACUCUUAUGUACCGUGCAGUAGAAGUUUUCCUCACACACGCUCUCUAAAUUCAUCCUCGGAUUGGAGAACGUCGUUAGAAAUGCCACAUGGGCAGCAUCUACCAUCUCAACAGAAGACACUACCAGAAAAUCUGCCAACCCCUACAGACAAAUAUAAACUGAAGUAUCAUCAGUAUGAAGCAGAUAUGAAGGCAGAGUAUAAGCAGCACACUGAGAGAACUGCAGUAAAGAAAAGAAACCACCUCCAAUGUCCAGAAGCUUCAGUAAAGGGUUCACAGUUUGAAGAUGGGCACAAUGAUGGUCUUACAGCUCUUGAUGAGAAAGCUCUCCUGCAACAGUGCUACACAAGCAAGCCCUACAAUAUGCAGCACAGUCUGAGGAAAUCAGAAGCUGAGGAUGUUGCUGCGGAGAGAAAGAAACAGGCUGUAGUAGAACAAGUGAUGCUAGAUCAGUUAUGCAGAGCUGUCAUAAGUGAUCCAGAACAAUCCACACGAGGUGAUGUUUCCAAGGAAGCUCAUGGACAUUUGGGACUUGGGACUGCACCCAUGCGUUUUAGAAAAAGAACACUGCAUGAAACAAAAAUAAGGACGAAAUCAGGAUUAACUGAAAACAUGCUCUCUAACAAGCUACGCUUUGAUAGUAGGAUUAUAUCCAGAAAUGGUCGUGAUGCUUGUAGGGACUUGAUUGGAUUCUUUUUUACAUGUGACAAAUCCCUUACUGUAUAUGAAUUCCGACAGUUUGGAAAAAAUAGAACAAAUGCCUUGCCUUUCAUUCAGAAGGGAGUUUAUCAACAUCAGCGAGGACAAAAGAAGGGAGAAGCUUAUGAUCUCAGUGAUUUCUACAUCGGAGCUAACCUAACUUUCCAAAGUGUUGAUCAUAAUCUUCCAAAAAGCGUCAAGCAGAAUCCAAUUCUGACCCUUCGUGUAAUAGGUAUUGAUGAAGCUGCUAUGGAUUUUCUGAAAGAUUCCUCCUUGAAAUUCAACCAAGAAUAUUCUGAGCAAUUGAUUGAUGACGGCAGAGUGUUCAAGAAAAUUCAAGGUAUGCUCAGAGAGACUUUAAGUAAAAGAGGAGUUAGAGUUGUAACAGGCUUAGGAAAACAUUUCCGACACAUAGACAAGAACGGCAGUGGUUUUCUUUCUCAGGCAGACUUUAAAGAAGCUCUAAAACUAUUCCAUUUGGAAGUGUCUGAACAGGACUUUGAAUCCUUAUGGCUUAUUCUUGAUGAUAGCAAGAGUGCUAAAGUCGACUAUGGAGAAUUUAUUCAUGCUAUAGCUGGAGAAAUGAAUGAAUAUCGGAAAGCAUUUGUAAGAAAAGCUUAUAUGAAACUAGAUUUCAACAAAACUGGAAGUGUUCCCAUGGUAGACAUCAGAAAAUGUUACUGUGCAAAGAAACAUCCUCUAGUGUUGGCAGGCAAAGCUACAGAAGAAGAAAUUAAAGUGUCAUUUCUAGAGACAUUAGGAGAAUCCUGCAGCAAUCCUGAAGAAGUGUCCUAUUCUGAGUUUGAAGAUUACUAUGAAGGAUUAAGUAUUGGAAUCACAGAUGAUGAUGAUUUUGUUAACAUCUUAAGGAACCCUUGGGGAAUUUAGAGUGGAAGAAGACAAAAAUGAGGGUGAGACUCCUCCUGAACAAAAGCAGAGCUACAUAAGGGAGGAUUUGAUCAUGAUGUGCAUUGCUUAAUAAUUAUUGCUUUAUAUUGAUAACAAGGACUGAAAAUUUUAGAUGCUUUCAGAGUCAUACAAGACAUGGUAAGUUUCUUAGAGUGCCUGUUGAGCAGAAAUGACCACUGUUUUAAUGGAAAUGCUCUUUAUGCACUGUCAUGGCCUGUUCCCCAUACCAGGAGGCAUCAUUCAGUGGAUGUUUGAACAAAGAGACUUAUUUUAAAAGUAAGUGGGAAUAGAAUACUAAAAUGUAUGUAUGAGUAAUGCAAGAAAAAAAAAAACAGUUUUAUGAUUGUUUUGACAGUGUAGGCACGGUAUCUUUUUUUGUUUCAGUUUUAUUUUAUAAAAAUAGUAUAAUUGCUCUUAAAACAUUAUUUGCUUUACUUCUCCUUUACUGUGUUGGUGAUCAGCCUGGAAAAGGCCAUCUUCAUCCAAUUUGGAGGACGUCUGCUGUACUGAAAAUGCAGAGAAGUUCACACAAAUUAGUUUUGAAGCCAGUACCCAGCUCAUCUUUACUGAUCUUAUUUUUUCGUCUUGGUCAGGCGUCUGAAGCUGAAUGUUGAAUACCAAAGGCUUAAUCAGCAAAGGUAUAUUUUUUCUGCCUAUAUUUUGCUAAAUUAUUUUCAAAUCAGAUUUGUAUGUAAAUAUCUGACUUGUCUACUUUGAAUUUCUGAGACUUUUUUUUUAAAUUAAGCAAUUAUGUCCUUUGUCAGGCUGAUAUGCAGAACUUCGUGUCUAAUUUAAAAGUAUAGAUCAGAAAAAUCUAUAUUGAAAGAGCACCACUGCACCAAAAACUAAAUUCUGAAUUAAAAUAUUUCUUACUACUUCAGAUAUUUAGCCAGGUAAGCUUUUCUAUGUAAUAUAUCCUUUUAGUUCUGUAAGGUUAAUUGUGUUAAGUAAUAAAACGUGUUAUUAAUAAAUUAUAUAUGUAUGUAUUGAUACCUUUGGUUUCCGUUUACCUCUCACCAAAAUUAACAGUGUGUUGAACUGCAUUUCUUAAGCUUAUGCAAUUACAGUAUAUUCCUUUUCCUCUUGCUGGUCUGACCAGUUUUGAAUGUAUAGCUUGGGGUUCAGAGGACUUCCUCGGAAACAGAAUUUGUGUUCUACAGAAAUUUAAGGACAGUGCUGAAAUGAAUGCUAAAAUCAGGGACUUCAAACCCUCUGUGUCUGACUGGUUUGUUCUAGAUACAGCAUUUUUGUGUUCUAAUUACUUGUAUUUUUGUUAUCAUCUGAAUUUCUGUAGCCUGACCUUUCUUGUAAUUAGAAUUGCAGUUUCUGCUCUGAACCUUCAGAUGAAGGAUUUUUUUUUCCCAGUUCUUUUGAGGCUGCAAAUGUCUGCAUUGGUUUACAAAACAAAGCAAAAUUCUGUCACUGCUUAUUCUAAGAAGAGUUCUGAUGUGGCUCAUUACAAUCUUUUUAUUCCCCAUUCCUGCUGAAAUUUCUCUUGCUGGUAAGGUUCUGUCAGUUGGUCAUGGAACUGGUGAUUCUGAAAUGGACACACUCAGCAGAAGCUGCACAGGUCCUAUGUGCUGCAAAUGAAGUGCUUUUUAAAAUUUUGUUCUUAGCACAAAACUUAGGUGAAUGAUGUACAUGAAUGAUAUUUCUAUAAUUUUUGUAGUAAUGCUUCUUCAUCUGAAGUCAAAAUUUUAAUUGGUUAAUCUACAGUAAUCUCUAAAGGUCAAAAAUUGCCUAAAAAAUGUAAGUAUGUACUUUGGUAAUUCUGAAAAACCUUCUAGGUAUUUCAUUUCUAUUAACUUCAAGGUCAGUUACACAUCAGUGGCUGCCUCUAAACAUCAGCUAUAAUGUCUCUGAAUUUUUAAUGGAGUUCACAAAAGCUCCUGUUUUAAAAAGUCAUCUUCCAUUUGCCUGCUGUUAUUUGUUCUGUCAGCUUAAGAAAGUGGCAAAGAAUUGACACAAACUUCUAUGCAGACCUGGCACACUGUGCUCACAGUUACUUGUAAAACCAGAAGGACUGAAACCAUAUUCAAACCAAGGUCUGUGACAUCUGAUUCUUUUUGUUUUCUGUAUUGGAAGCAAGCACCCAUCAAUGCUGUAGAUCUUGGUACUGUUCCUCUUUGGAAAUCAGAUAGCAAAGAAAGGCAGGGCAGCAACGCGACUCUGUAAACCCCAACAGGUUUUCUUUUUCUCUCAGUAUCUAAUAAGUUUGUUUGUUUGUUUGAAGGGGCUUGAAAUCUGCUUCUAUGGUUGAAUUAUUCAGAACUGAGAAUAACCAACCGUUGUGAUCUGUAUUGCUGUGUUCCAGUACUCAGAAAAGCUGUCAAAAGACGUUCUUAGUAACAGCGGUCUCAAUGCUCUGCUUAAUUGUGUUCUGAUUUGUUCUUUUUUAAUUGUGAAUCAUUUGAUGAACCCAAAGCCUUUUCUUUGGUCAAUGCUUUGUAACUUUAACACUUUCUGGAUAUAUCUGCUGGGGCUUAAUGCCUCUAAAUGUGUUUGAACAAAACUCUUUUCUGUAUUUCGUGCCUUAGUAUCUCAAAGUUGCUUAUGUUUUCUGAACUAGAAUGUGUUUUUAAACGUGCUGUUCUCAGCCACAGAACUGGCUUCUUUCCUUGAAAUUACUAGAAACUAGUGGUCUUAAUGACAGCCUAAUUUAAAUUUAUGCUAAGAAGUCUUAGCAGUCUGAUGUAAUUGAGAAUAGGAGAAGUCCAUUAUGCUGCAAGCAUGUUUUGUCCUAAGAAAUGCAUGCAGUCCCAGAAGACAAGUGAAAAUUAAUGAAGUGAUAUAACUUCUCAAUCUUAAGGUCUGAGACCACUUCAUCAAGCAAAUGUGCACUGGUAAUACUGGUUGAAUGUUUGUGGACAUUUUAAGAAGCAAAAUACAAGCACCAGUACAAAUAAUCAGAAUUUUCUCUUUUGUCAGUUAAUGGAAAUGUAGCAUCCUCACCUGGGAUAGCUCUGGUGGUAAGAUAAGGUGUUCUGACUGAUUUACACACACAAACUUAUUUUUCUUCCUUAAAAGCCACGGCCAGAUGAUCAAAUUCUGUUCUCCUUCAGGGACAGCAUCCCUGCUAAAACGUGCACACUGAGGUACUCUUUAGUUUGUGUCUGGUUUUGAACAGGUUAUCUCUCAUGUAAAACAGAAAGCCUAGAGUUGAUUUCUUCUGUGUUGGUCUACAUAAGCCCAUACAAAAGCAAAACAGGUAAGUUUCUGUGGAAGAAAAGGGGCUGGUACAAAAUAGCGUUAAUUUUUUCUGUGUGUAUAACAUCUAAUAAUCUAUCUUUCCUCUCCUUUAUAGUCAUGAAUUAGAGACUGAGUCAAUUCUGUACUGGGCUUUCAUGUUGUUACCUUUGUCUAUUGGAAGCUGAGUCAGGUGGACUCUGCUUUGUAAUCCUGAGGUAACACCAGUGAUGACAGAGGAAGCUAGCAUUUCCUUCCAGACCCAAAUAAGCUGUUUUUUUUUCCCCACAGGAGUUAUAUAUGUAUAUGCACACACACAAACCCGCACACACUUCUCCAAAAGUAAUAGCUCCUAUUUAUUUCCAGGGAAAUUACAACAGAUACAAAGAGCACAGUAACACCAUUUGAUAGAGCAAAUUCUCAGGUACAAAACAAUAUUUUUCAAUUCCAUUAGCUAUGCAUUUUCACUAGCAAUGAACAACAGACCACAUGCCAUGCUUGUAAACAUCAGCACUAGCGCAAGCGACCCACAGUUACCGCUGCUGAAAUGCACCACCCCACUUCCUCAUGGUGAUCACUGCCUCUGGUUGGUCUCCAUCAGCAUCCAGCAAGCAUCAGUGAAUGUCAGUAGGUGCAUUUUUUUCUGCAUGGAGGAAUUCAUUGACACACUAUUGCUUCAUAUGUACUUCCACAUCAGUGCCGUUGUGUCAGACUGCCCCUCUGCUGCCAUCUGUCACAGCAACAAAGUGUAAUGGGACACUGGUGGGAAGCUUCAGCCUCUGUGGCCAUACCACCAACAUCUGCCUCUGAUGUCAGGGGUCAACAUAGUAAAAUAAGAGGCACUGCUUUUCAAACAGCCCUUGUGAUGCCCCAGCAUUACCUUGCUGCUGGCUCCUAGGCAGCUUUUGGGAUGGAGAUGACUUACAUCUAAAUUUUUGUCUUGGCCACACUAGAACAAGAAAGCUGACCUUAUGGUGAAGCUACUGUUCUUUUUUGUUUUGUUUUGUUUUUUAGCUUUUGAAAACAUCAAGCAGUUAUGUGGUCUGGCUGCAAGCAAGUAUAAUGGAGAGGGUAGAGAGUGAACGGAGAUGGACUAAAGCAAAUACAUAAAAAAAGGAAAAAAGCAAAAGACAUCAAAUAAUAGUACUUUUAGGGGCAGUAGGGGAGAUGAAACAGUAGAAAGGCAGCAGGGAUUUGCCUUGAUGGAAGCUGGGAGCUAAACUCAGUAGGAACUGAUUAAUUCAGAUUCCAAAUGUCUCCGUUACGAGGGUACCUCUCAGUGUCAAGGAUGGAUACUUGUGGUGUCUGGUUUUUUGGUUUUUUUUUUAAUCAAUCCUGUCUCUGGGGCUAUUGAUAACUCCAUGUCUGUUCUUACUUUGAGGUUUGGCCAGGGCCCUCACAAAACUCGCUUUGGUAGGAAAAUGCUGUGGGGGAAGCCUACUUUACCUUGCUUUACACUUUAUGUGAGGAAACCCUGGGCCAUUAUAGGAGUGUGCAUGUUAAAAUCAGUGGAAACUAGAAUAGCAGCUUCAGUGAUCUAUCUUAAGCACUACUCCCUUUUCUUACAACCUAUGUUAAGUAAGUGCACAAUUAAUGACUCCUAUGACUAAUUCUUAGAUCCUGUGAUUCGUCUUGGCAUGAAUUAGAUCCUGUACUCAUGCUGGUAAAAUUACUCCCCUGAAGUCACUUCCUCUGACGGUAGUAUUCGCCUUGCAGAUGUUAGUCAUUAAGCACAAGCUUCAUCUGUGAGGAUUGCACUUGUUUUCAUGCAGUAGAUGUUGUUGAAUUGUCCCUUUUUCAGCAUUUCAAGACCAAAUAAACACCAACAGAGGUCAAACUGGUGCUGGAACUUUUCAUUUUUUUGAAAGCAGCAUUUUGGAAGUGCCUGAUAUGGCAACAAAGUGUAGUCCAAAUUAUAAUAUUCUGCUUUUUGUGGAUUUAAUGUGCUUCCAGGCAUUAUUGUUGCAUAGUUUCAAGUAACCAUAGCGAAGAAGACUGUUGAAAUUGCCAAUUCCUAGUAUCUGUCCUGAUGGGAAAUGUUGAGAAUCAUCAAGCAAAAAUCGUAAUGGUAAAUGUCAAUUAGUGAUACAAAUUAAUAAAAAUGUGGGGGGAGGUUUGUGACAUGCCUCUGUGCUCUCAGAAGUGGAUUAUGCCAUUUCUGUUCUGUGAAGCUGAGUGUGCUUGUGACAAAACAGGGUGCAGUGAUGCUCCUCCCUGUGGAGAGCCCAUGGGCUGUCAGUCUUGUCCAUCUGUGUUCGUGACCGCAUUCUGCACAAGGAAGGGGCCAGGUGACUGUAGGAUGGGAGCAGACCCGAAGAACCUCCAAAGCAAUUUUCUAAAUUAAUGCUAAAUGCCAAAGUCAAGGAGUUAUUAAAAACUGUAGAUGAGUCUUAAUUGUGAUUCUGGUAGACUUUAAACUGGAGCGGCCCUUUCUGGAGCAUGGUUGGCAGUCUUUCAGUCACAGCGUUGGAGGAGCUUAAAGUUACACUUGGGAUGGCAGGCUGCUCCUGGGCGACUCUCUUUGCUUUUGGGCUUCUAUUAUAAUUCUUUAGGUGAGGAAGAAUCUUUCUGUGCUGGGUCAGUCACAUUAGUGCAUUUUCUAGCUUUGAAGCCCAGAGCUGGGCAAAGCAGUUCCCUCAGGGUGCAGUUCUUGCCUCAGGAAAUGUAACAUCUGUGUUGGAGGAGAGGGAGAGAGCUGUAGAAAGGAAUAUUAUGCUAAUGAUACAAGCAGCUGCAGUGCAAUGUAAGCACAGGCAUUUCAGCUUGCUGCUUGCUUAACAAAUAUCGAUAAUUGGUAGAAAGAAAAGAUAAUUUAAAAGUCAGAGUAAAUCUUCUCUGCACAGAUUAGCAGGAACACCAGACGAGAGUAACCCUAAGAAGGCAGGAUUUCAGAACAGGAUGAUUUUUGUUGUUUGAGCAACUCUCAAAGAGAUCAUCUUUAGCAGUCACUCAUGUUUUCAAAAGGCACUUUGAAUAUCCCAUGUGAUGUUUCUGACUGCAGAGUUUAAAAAACCAAAUUAUUAUGUGAUACGAGAGUACUUCCAUUUUUGACAGCAAGCAUUUACUCGUAAAUAUAAUAGGAAAGAUUUCAAUUUUGUGUGUUUGUUUUGCUGGCCUUCAUCUUGGGGAACAAAAGGCAGAUAAGAAUUUGAGUGGCACAAAGUGGCAGUGAGGGACCGCCUCAUGAACACCGCUGUGAGCUGCCUUGUGCACUGAAGCAGCUUCCCCCUGCACAGCAAUGGCAGGCUGACUGCUGUCUCUGCCUGUCCUGCUGUCAGGCUGCACACCAAGCUGCACGACGCAGGCCAUAAACCUCGGGGUCCAUCUGGGGCCUGCCAGUGAGCGACCUGAGCUGGCUUUCUAAAGCGCAAUGGUACUGAAGGGGAAUAACGCUCUCGGCUCAGUUUUGUUUGCAAAGAAGUUGAGAGGGAAUGAAGAAGGUGCUACAGCACAAAGGUACUGCUACCUUUGAAGGUACAGGAACAGCCGUGCAUUGCAGAAAGGUCUUGGCAAACUGCUGCCUAACUUUGGCGCAUGCACUGUGGUGCUACAGACUUCAGUCUGUCCACUUCUGUAGGAAAAGCAGGGUACCAGGCCUUUCUGUAGAGGCACAUACCUUUCUCCUGUAAGAAGGAUAAGGAAAUUACUGUAGCAAAGUGGUAUAGCUAAAGCUAAGAUGUUCAUCUUACUCACCUUUCCUUACGGGACACAGAUCCCUGCUGUAGUCUGGCAGGUGAGAUCAGUUCAGGGCCCAGCGAUCAUCUCUGUUCUAGACUUUUACUGCAAGAGUCUUAGUCAAAACAAAUCUGGAAAAGCUCUCAAGGGUAUCAAAUGUUGUUAUAAUGCUUGCAAGAUCAGCAUGGACAUGCCAUCUUUGGCAAUCAAGUAUAACAGUGUGACCAGCUUGCUCUGCGCUCAAGGUGAUGCAUUUAAAGGUGCACAAAGACUCAAGAAAACUUGAAGCUUCCUUUGAUUUUUCCUUAUACAAAGGCUGCUAACAGCCAGUGAGGCUGUUUCUGCCAAGACUUAUUUGUUUGAGCAUAAGCUUGCAUGGCUCCUUAGGCUUGCUGGCCCCUUCCCUCAGAGGAGAAGUGCUGAUGGUGCAACCAGUGGUGGAUGUGGGAUUCCCUAUUGGGCUCUCUCCUUCCAGGCAAAGUAAUAACCAAGUUCACGGGCUGCAAAAAGAAACCUGUGCCAUCACCUCUAACUUUUGUGAGCAAGGCUGAAGUGCUAGCAGAGGAGAUGCAGUGUUUAUCUCUUGAGAAUACUGUUCUGUUUCCAUGGCAGUAGACAGCUCAGUCCAGAUUUGGGCAAUCUUGUCUGCAGAGUGGUAUGAAAAAAAAAGUCAGAGAGGAAAACUUGACUGCAACUGAAUGGAAGCAGUCAAAAUUAAUCAAGCUUGCAUACAGUGAGACUGGAUCUGCUGUAUGAGACUGCAGACACUGAAGAAACCUCUGCUUCCCGCACAGAAAUGGCAUCAGAUGUAAGAUCUGCCUGCCUCAGUCACUGAGACUGUGUGUGAGACUUCUGCCACUUGCAUCCCAGGGAUUUUCUUCUGACAGAUGAACUGUAACUGCUCAUGAUGAGAGAACAAAGCCAUUGCAAAACAUAAUUGUUACUCCUUGGAUCAAUAGCGGAGAAUUAAUCAUUAUUAAAAAAAUCAGUGAUCAAUGAAAAUGGAUGCUCCUCCAGCAAUGCCUGAAAGAUCACCAGUGCACACGUCCUUAGAAGAGAACUUGUUAAAGCAGAUCCCUUGUCUUGUUGGAGUAGAUAAAGUGGGGUCUCUUAUUAAACAUUAAUGAAAUUAAUGGAGUUGGUUAGUCACAGAAAGGAGGAAAAUGAUAGAUGAGGUGGAUUUCUAGUUCAGCUGUGAUGGAACAAAAAAACUGGGUGGAGCAACGCUGGAGCUGCCUGAAAAUGGUUGUGGUUCUUUUGUGUGUUUCCAUUGAUUUUGAUGUCAUCUGAAGGAGAGUUUGUUGACUUCCUCAGAUAAAUCACCAUCUCAUGCUGGUUCUAUAUCAGAUUUGAAUUGAUUUCAGGAGAAGAUCCCUUAAAAUUACCAUUAAAUGAAACAUAAAACCGCUCCUAAAUUACUUUAGUAAGUGGUUCUAUUCUUUUGGAAACAUGGGCUAGCUGUUCAAUGACAGCUGGAAUAUUGAUUGAUGGUAAGUGGAGUGUGCAUUGCAAUGGGAGCUGGGUGUGAUGAAGAUCUGGAGCUGCACAACGUAGAAUGUGCCAAUCCCAGCUCAGUGGGCAUGUCGCUUCCCAACACCCCUCUUUUGGAAAGAGAAACCAAAAGCCUAUUUUAACAUAUGGAAAGCUAUAGAUUUUACCACUCACUCCCCACCCUACUUGUGCUGUGCAAUACUAAUCUGGCAGUGCAGUUAGCACACACCUGUGUUUCCAACACGUGCUGUGGCUUCUCAGUAGACCCCAGACUUGAGUCGUCUACUUUUUCUUUCUUUAAUAUAUAUAAGAGGAAUUCUUCCAGUUUUUUGUUUUCCAGUGAGUGACACCCCAUUCACCAGGAUGGCACAAAGAGCUGAAGAUCUGUGAUGGCAGAAGGUGGGUGGAACACAUCUGUGUACGUGUACUGGCCCAUACUGGGGACUUCUGCCUGCUCCGGGGGGACUAUUGGAGAGCACGAACACUUCCACAUUUUGCUCAUCUCAUCCAAUCUCAGUUGCUUUUUUGGAUCAUUUUCUACAAGGAGACCUAUUUUCACCAAUUCCGUGGUAUUGAUCAAACCACAUUUACAUUUCUACUGCAUUGACUAAAAAUGCAGUUGUGCUCUAGAAAUGAAAAAUGAUGACAUCUUUCUGCUGGCUCUGCUUCUAGCCUUGUGCGGUUUAAUUACCCCAUGGCUUCUAACAGUUGUAUUUUACAGACAUUUACUUAAUCCAAGACUUCUUUUUUGUCCCCAAAUUCCGAAUGGUGAUUCUGAUUUAUCACCAGUGCACUUCAGUAUAAUGUGGCUGUCACGUUGCACAAGUUCUGGAAUGAAUUAGUACAUGCAAACAGUGAGAAUGAUUAUAAAUAAUAGGGAGAAUGGAAAAACAAGCAAAAGAAAUAAGUGGAACCUUAAUAACAUGCUAAUGAUGGCAAAUAUUUAAAAUAAUUACUUGCUUAUUUAAUCAUCAACUAACCUGAUAUAAAUUGAUCAUAUUUUGGCUGUUGCUCUAUCUUCAUUGUAAUUCUCAAUUAUAAAAUUGAUUUCUUCGUUCUCCAAUUACAACAUCGUAUGAAAAAUAAGAGAUGGUGCCCACACCAGAGAAACUCAGAGGCUUCUGCCUUGUGUUUCACCCCAGAAGGCAGCUGGGAAGGUUAGCUGCCUCUAGUCAACUGAGCUCCUAUGGAGGGGCGGGUGAAUCUAGAGUGUGGCUUUCUCCAUCAGAUCUGCUUUUCUUUUCUGCCUUGUCCUUUCUCCCAUUUAUUUCAUUUAGACAGCUGCUCAUUCAAUGACUUUGCACUGCAGUACUCAAGCUUGCAAGAAGAAUAUAGCUUCUAGUAGCUAAAAUGCUCAUCAUCUAAUAGCAUCUGAUGUCACUGCUUUCUCAGUUAAAGCAAUCCCAUAGGAACCCUCCUACCCAGUAGGGAAAAUUGGUUGUGUACUGCUCAGUGUCACUCAGUUCUUCAUGGAAAGUUCACAGUCCUGAGCUACAGAAAUGUUCCCACUAAACUUUUACCUGAAAAUGUUUGACAGUCUGUGGAUAGGUUUAAUUUGUUUUGUUUGUUUGCAGACAUGUUUCAUGGUAAGUCUAACCUAACGCUUCUCUCGUACUUAUGUCUAAUUUGUUUCUGCUUCUGUUGCAAAAUGGUGGUGCCAAAAUUCUGUGUCCUGUGGGGGGUGAAAUUAAUUCAUAACUGCUAAUUCUCCCACCUAUGUUGAAUAUUGUCUGCGUGUUUGCUGGUAUCACUUAAUAAAACACUGGCUCUGGGAACUCAAUGUCUGACAUAAUUUCAUCCUUCAUUGAGAAAUGUG